GGGAAAGGGAGAGAGGCAGAAACGGAGAGAGAGCGAAGCAGCCAGGCAGAGAGGGAGCUGGCGGUCUGGUGGCCUUGCAUAACACGCGUUGGAGCAGCCUUGAACGCAGGACUUGGUGUGAGCUUCAGCAGUGGGGAACUUCCUCCACCGUCAGCCCGUUGCAGGGGCAGCGUUGCCUCCAAACACGAGAGUCCAGAGAGGGAGGCAGAGCUGGAGCAGCCACAGCACAGGCUGCAGUAGAGGAGAGUGGCACAAAGGAGAGAUUCAGGAAGAGGACUCCUCAGAAACACGUCUCCAACACACACACAUACACUGAGAGGCAGGAAGAAUCCUUGGACAUGCUCUGCAAGCAGUGGCUGUGGAGAGACUGAUUCUUGACGACAUCGUGGAGGAGGUGGAUCUGUCAGAGAUGAUUCCUCAUGAAGUCUAUGGAGCUCAUUUUGUGAGCUGGAGUGAUUCCAUCUUCUCUGGUCUGAGACCUGGAGCUGUCCACCAGUGAAAACAAAUAGAGCCACACAGAUCACAGAAAGGCUGCACAUAACCAUUGAGUGGAGCAGAGAGAAAGAGUUAGAAUUACUACCUGGGAAUAUUAAAACCACGCUGGCACAAUGAAAUCCAAUCAAGAGCGCAAUAAUGGAUGCCUGCCACCAAAGAAGCGUGAGAUCCUGGCUCUGGAGCAGAGGCCGGUGGUGGUGGCAGCCCCUCCAGCUGCGGUGAUGGCCGACAGUCCCCACACCGAGAACCUAGCUUGGCUGGCAAGUGUAGCCAGUGAACGCUGCAGGUCCCGGGACGCAGAGAGCCCGAGAUGUACGAUUUCCUCCACUUCCUCCUCUUCUCCUGCCACUUCUAUCUAUUCCUCGGCCGCUCCUCUGUCUGCAGUGCCCCUCACCUCUCUGCCGGCAGUUUACCCCACCGCCAUGCCCCAGCAGGCCGGGACUAUCCAGUUCGCUCAGCUGGGACCCAACGUUCAGUUCAUCAGCUCCGGACCCUACGCCGGCUACAUCUCCUCUCACAUCAUCUCAGCCAAUGCUAGCUCUGCACAUAACAGCUCUACCAUAGGACAGCGUUCCCAUCUCGAUGGUUACACCACUGCUCUCAUCUCCCCCAACAACAAAGGGGAGCAGCAGUUUCAAAUAGGCCUUUCUCCCACAGAACUGACUCCGGUGUCACUUCCGGGCUCUCCCCAGGUCACCAGCCAGUACAUUCAUCUGGACAGCAGAACACCUCUGACUGUCAGCGGAAACACGAUGUCUUCACAGACCGCCCACCUCCAGCUCCACCCUCACACAACCGUCCUCCCUCAAACGCUCACCCUGGCUCCCUCUCAGCUCUUGGUUCAGUAUGCAGAUGGUUCAAUUGGAAAGAGACCAGAGGGGCAUGUUAAGGGUUUACUGAACGGGGAACUAGAGGUUAUCAAACAGACUAAAACUCACAGUCAUCAUUUGAGCCAUCACCAAGUCCACAGCUAUGAGGCGAGACACAUCCUCCUGCCUGCAGACUACGGUCACAACCAUGGAGGACUCCAGACCUCCCUGGUUCUGGUGGCCCAGCCCAACCACGGAGCAGACCGUGACUGUGGCACAAAUAAGAUCUCCUUCGUCCAGACUGAGAAAGGAGGCAUCAUCUUGGGGAAACCAGUGUCCAGAUCUUCUUCCUUCACCUCCCUCUCUUCCUCAGAUUUGAUUAAGUCAGUUGCUCCUCACACAGUCAUCCAGACCACUCUUCCCCACGAGGAGAUGCCAGCCAAUCUCUACUCCUCCACACAGCCACCUAUCAUUGGCUAUAUCACCAGUGCAAAUCAGCAUGGUGUCAGCUACCAUGCGGCGCUGCCUCAGCACCUGGUCAUCCCGAGCGGCCAGUCCCUUCUCAUCCCAGUCAGCGGCACCAAUAACGGCACAGAAAUUGAGGUUAGUCGUACUGUUACUGCUACAGCCACCCCUCAGAUCUCCACUGCCAUGCCACAUGCCUAUCUGGCCACAGCUCUGUCCAAGUGUGAGGCUCUUGGGCCAGAUGGAAACCAACAACCCCCUGCCGUCGCUCCGGCACCGCCGAUGCCAGUCCUGCCCUCAAACCCGGCUCCCGUGGUGGUGUCAACGCCCUCCCCGACCCCUGCUCCCGUGCCCAGUCCCACCCAUGUUUCCAUCCAAGCCUCCCACUCCGUCUCCCCUCCUUCCUCCCCUGUGGCGCUUCCUCCAUUCUUCAUGCGAGGCUCCAUCAUCCAGCUGGCCGAUGGGGAGCUGAAGCGUGUGGAGGAUCUGAAAACGGAGGACUUCAUCCAGAGUGCUGAGAUAAGCAGUGAGCUGAAGAUUGACUCGAGCACUGUGGAGCGUAUUGACAACGGGCAGAGUCCUAAUGCUGUGGUCAUACAGUUCUCUGUGGGAGAGCUCAAAGCCCAGGUGUGUGUGGAGGUGCUGUUGGAGUAUCCCUUCUUUGUAUUUGGCCAGGGCUGGUCCUCCUGCUGCCCAGACCGGACCACCCAGCUGUUUGAGCUGUCGUGCGCUAAACUGUGUGUGGGCGACGUGUGCGUGUCGCUGACCCUCCGCGGCCUGAGGACCACCUCACUAACGGAGGGCCAGGCUUUGGGCACCAAGCUGAAGACCGGGCCCCUCUCAGAGUCCUGUCACAAUGUGGAGGCCACUGUAAGAAACAGUAUGAGUCCAAACGCAGCGGGCAGAAACAGUGGCCUCCUCAUGAAGGCUUCCAGUGCAGACAGGCUGGAGAGGGAGCAGGGACCAGGACCAGGGGAGGGGGUCUACGGAGCGGGACCAAUGCUGGCAGUCUCUGGGAAUGGAGAAGAGAGACAGGAAUCAGUGAAAACAGACACGCCUGCUCUAACCAAAACACAAUGUGGUGAGCAAGAGAGACCCACAUCCCGCAAGAGACGCUGGUCAGCUCCAGAGCGAGACCAGACUGAGAGAGCCGAGGAGGAGCCCCCUCUGACUCUGCCCAAACCCUCCUUCAUCCCUCACGAGUUUAAAAUCAGCAUAGAGGGACACUCCAGUACUGGCAUUGAGAGGCGCUUGAGCAAAAGAAUAGACUGCUGAGAGAAUUGAAGGGAUUUUAACGCUUUGUUUUGAUCCCCUGUCUAUCCAGAGGACUGUAAUAUAGGCUGAGUUUACACACUAUGUAAAUGUUUUUCUUUUUCUUUACACAAAUCUGAUAUCUACUUUGAAGCACAGUAGAGCAACUUCAUAAGUGGUAUCACACACGAGAUCAGUGCAAUCAAUGCUGAAAGCAAAAAUGAAUGCAGUGUGAAUGUUGAGUAUGAAUGGACACAUAUCACAGGCUGCAUCUCCUUUGUCACGUAAACCUGUUGGAUGCAGACUGGUCAACCAUUCCUCUUAUCACAUGAACAAGCACAGACCCCGAUGUCAGCGUGUACAAAGUGGGUAGCCAUACUCUGACUCUCAUCCUGUUCGCUUCACUGUUCACUUGGUUUGUUGUGAAGUUUACGAGUGGUUUAGUCAUAGAGCGCAAUCAUUUUGGCUUUGAUAUCUGCUGCCUUGAGGUUUUUCUAUUUGAUUUUAGAACUAUUUUUUACAUUUUCGUAGCAUUGCAGAUGUGUGCGCUGGCAUAUCUGUCUUUGUGCCACUGGUUUUUAUUUGCGUCUGCCUUUGUGAGUGUGUUGGUGUGUUUUCUGUGCGGCUGUCAUACGGAGAACAGAAUAAGAAGUGUUUGUGAGGUUGUAGCUGUGAGCUCAGUCUUCAAUACAACCUGCACAGACUAAGACUGAAAAGGCCUGAAUGUAAAUCAAUUAAUUAUCAAUCCUUACUCCCCAAUCAAUUUACAAAAGGAUACCACUGCGCAGGUGAGAGCACUUACACACAAGCCCAAUUGUUCUGAUGAAGAUCCUCAGUCAAAUGUACUUUCAUAAAUUACAAGUAUUUAAUUCCUUUCAUUGACAGCAUCCACCCCUAACCCUGCUAUUUUCUGCAUUUUAAUUUGGUACAAAUAGAAAACCAAGGUCUAUCUAAAACCUACAAGUGAGUUUUUAGCCAAUUUAUGUUUGGACUCCUAUUGCAUAAUAAACAAUAGUUGGCUAACUUGGCUAAAUUAGUUUAGCAAAAGCGCAGCAAAAUAAACACUGACAUAAUAUUACCUUCCAGAAUUGGUACUUAUGAAGUCCAUACAACCAAAACAAAAAGUUGAAAGAGACUAAAUGGCUGUGUAGCAAUGAGAGAAACUGCAGUCUUUAUAUCAUUCGCAUAACCUAUACAUCAUAUUGAUAAAAGAAACUUUGAAUUCAAACACACCAUACAAAUAUAUAAACAGAAGGCAUGAUACUUACGUUACCUUCCAAUUCUAUUGAUCUAUCCUUUAGCUUUCUUUACAGAAACUAUGGCCUUAGAUAUAUUUACUUAGUUCACAGCAGCUCAUGUUCUUUGGGUUCUACCAUUGAAACCUAAUUUCCUCAAUGAUGGUAAUUUUUACUUAAGUUCAUACCUGUUAUUGGCUGUUUGAUUAAAACAGAUUUCUUUCUCUUAGUUCAGUGUUUGUGUUUCUUUCUUAGAGUAGAGCCAAAAUAAAUAUCCUACAGUUCAUACUCAGGAACAGUGUGUGUAUGUAUGUAUGUAUGUAUGUAUGUGUGUGUGUGUGUGCAUGUCCACAAACACAUGGUAUGUGUGUGUUCUGAGCAGCAGCACUUUGAUGAAGCAUCCAGCGGGAGUGUGGUGGUGUCCUUGAUCCUCAGCUGUUAGAUUGAAUGGAAAUAUUCAACUGACUGUUUCUCAUCUGUCCUACAGAUGUAUCAUUAAGAAAACACAUUAUAUACCAGGGCAGGGAAUGUAAACACACAUCGGGCAAACUAUCUGAACUUUAUUUUUGAUGACUGACAGAGCUACUAUACAGAGAACGACAGACAGAGUUGAUCAUGUACAGUAACGUGUAUCCUUCAGAGUGUACAGUGUGUGUGUGUAUAUAUAUUUUAACCCUUAUGUAGCCUAUGUACUGUAUGUGCCACAACGCCUCCUUCUUCAAUCAUUCCAUUAACUCAACAAUAUCAAAGUGGCCCUGCUAUGGUUUUUGUCAGUUCAGGUAUGGAUCUAAUGUUCAUGAAUGUGCUACAGAGAACAUCCACACACAUGUUUCCUCCUCAGAGUUGAAUUUGGCUUACGCACAACAUGCAGUGUGUGUGUGAAUAUGAACUGCAAUUUAUCACAAUAGCCAUUUACUUUGUAUAACUCCUGAAAGUUGUUUAUUGUAAACCGAGUAACCAGACUGUUCUCUUCUGUUUGUGUUUGACUGCUCAGGCUAAACACUGCCCAGUGACUGUUCUACAAAAAAGAUGUGGUCUUAUAUUCUUCACUGUUACAAAAUAGAGGUACUGUUUCAUGCGUUUGUCUUCCUAGCCAUUUCCUCUCUUGUUGUCUGUGUCUGUAUUUGUAUUUUCUUUAAGUAAUUGUAUUAUUUUUCAAAUGCAGACCUGAUACGACGCAGACACAACUGUGGCAUGUAGGAUUGAUGAUUAAAGAAGUAAAUUCA